AUGUCGUCAAACUCUCUUUCAAAAUUAUCGAAGGGUUUGAACUCUCGAGUAAGUAAUAUACUAAAUAUGGAAGGAAAUACCAUUAGUCGAAAGCGAAGUUUACGAUCUCGUUUGGAAAAUGGUAUCUGUUCUAUAGAUGGAAAUGGUCUUUACGUCCCAUAUAGCAUACAGGAUUCGUCUGAAGGGAGACGAAAAGAGAGAAUCGUGUUAAACGAUGUAUUCUUUGUAUUUAAUGGUGAAUUAUUGUCACUUGGAAAAGUAAUAUUGCCUAAUACGGAUAAAUCUCUUGGGUUCUCAUUUCCUGUGGUCGACCCUAAUUCUGGUAAUAUGUGUUCCUCAUGCAAAGAGUUUUUUGAUAAAUAUUCAAGAAGAAGCACAGUUUCUUAUUUACAUAAGGCUGGUUUACAACUUGAAAGUGAUGGACAUGUGUCUUUGUCUUCAGCUACCUCAGAAAAGCAUGCUCGAUCAUAUAUUUUACAAUAUUGUUUAUUAAUUAUACGAGAUCUACGUUCUUUGGAAAAACUCUGUUUUGACUUUUAUGUUGGACCAUUCUCUGGUGAACGAUCAAAGUGCGGAGAAGGUCUGUUUCGAACAAAGAGUGGUUACUCAUAUCAUGGCUCAUUUGAAUUUAAUCACUUUAAUGGAAAUGGUUCUCUGUCAUCUACUAGUUGCAUACACAGAGGCUAUUUUCAAACAAGCGUAAUUACAGGCCUCGGAGAAGUUAUCGACCCCCAAAAUCACUACAUCGGUGAAAUGGAGCAGGGUUAUGCAAAUGGAUUGGGAUGGAAGGAGGAUAACAAGCAUUAUUUUAUUGGCUGCUUCCAGAAAGGUCGUGUGAAUGGAACUCUUCUCCAUCUCCCGGAGAGAACUCGAUUUUCAUUCGGGCAAUUUAAAAACGGCUAUGCUUAUCAUGUGGAGAGGCAGAACAGCAUUGAAGGGUUUUUCGUCAAUAACGUUCCUCAAGGAGUUUGCGUGCAGACGAACGAACACGGGUCUCUCUAUAUUGGAAACACACAGAACUGGAAGCCACAUGGGGAAGGAGUGUCGAUUCACCCUUUAACGCGUACGAUUUAUAUUGGAUCGUGGAAGAAUGGAGAGUGGGAAGGAAACGGAAGAAGGAUAUCAUACGAAGAAAGCGCGAGACGGAUGGUGUGUAGAAUAUGUCAACAAAGUGGACUAAACAGCUCCACGUAAAAGUCUGUUCCUGUAUUUUAGCCCAGCCAAAUCAUAUACUAAGGAUAUAUAUAUAUUUAUAUAUAUACUCAAUUGCAA